UGACAACGUCAAGGCAAACGCACUACAACUUUUGAUUGAAUAUAUCCAAGAAAAAUACUCGAACACGCUUAACCAGAAAAAAAUGGAUACACUUGAAGAGUAUGCGCUUAGACAAGAGAGGCUGCACAGAAUCCAGCUACAAUCUGAAGAGUAUCCUGGAAGUUUGAUCCAACAAGCCAUAUCGAGACUUCAGAUGGGUGAAGAAUUACCAGAGGAGAUUUUCUCAAUCGGGGAGUCAUUGAGUGUCUCCAAUUACGGACAAGCAACAGGAAAAAUGGUCCCAUGUAAAGGAGACGCUAUAAGUUUUCAUUUUGGUGAUUCGGGAAAAGUAGUUUCAAUUUCUGUUUCAUCUUCAUUACCACCAGAUGCCAAAUCGAUACCUUGCAUGACUUUGGAUGACAUAAGGAAUCAGGUGUCUCCUGGACAGGCCCAAUUUUUAGGUGUGAAACAUCCCGGUAUAAACCCAUUGGGUGCUCAAAGAGCCACAAAUAGCAAAAAGUCCUCAUUUGCUAGUGUACUCGAAAAUUCGAGAAACACGUUGAAAUCGAAUCACAAACUUCAACACCUUCCUCGUUCUUCUGAUCACAGAGACGAUGUGGUGCAAAUUUCGAGGAUAGCAGCCUUGCCAUCUGCACAAAAAGAACUCACAACUCGGAAUAUGAAAAGAAAUUCCGAUGAAAUUGCAGAGGCUGAGCAUACAAGAAAUUUCAAUGAUCCGUUGGAACCAUUCCCAAUUAUUCAUCGAAAAAACAUUCGAUUGACAGAUGAUCAAGUUAGAGAAGAAUACUUCAAUCGUCAAAGAAUGUAUCCUCAUGAGAAAAACGUUAAGAGUAAAGAAGCCGAAAAUAAUUAUUCUUCAGAGGCCGAUUCUGAAGAUUCUCCAGAAGUGGUUCCAGUUCAGCAACAAAAACGACGACCCCGGCAGAAUUUUUCCAAUACAAUCUCGAACGAGCUGAGGAUUGUACAAGAGCGAUUCCACGGGAGUGUUCCGAAAAAAGACGCUGAGGAGGUUGCUGAAUCAAUGAAUCUCGACAAGACAAGGGUGAACAACUGGUUCAAAAAUAAUCGGAAGAAGUACAUCCGAGACAAAAAUAAACGCUUACAACUGCACUGAAGAGCCGAAGUAGAAGAUCUACAAUUGAUUAUUUCGACGACUGGUGUUCAUUUCUUAUAUAUGUGCUCACCUCGAUUUAUUUACAUAUAUUAAAUACAUACCUCAAUUUAAUAGCCAAAAAA